AUGGCUCGUACUCGGGCACAAUCACAUGCAAGCGUAAGGGGCGAAGCUUGGAGUUCGACCACCAAGGAAAAGCCUUCCACAGCAGCAUAUAAACCAAUCAGUCCAAUCAGAAAGCGCAAGUUAGGACAUGAAGGGUUACCGCCCGAAAAAGCGAAGAAGAAGAAAAUCGCUCGAAGGAUAAGUCCCACCCGAAAGGGUGGUGACAGUCAAACCAAGGGAGCAAAAGAAGACGCUGAGAUGGCAAAUGACAAAGCGGUCGAAGACAAAGCCGCGAUUAAUCAGUCGAUCACGCAUGCUAAACUUGACGCCCUGAUCGCAAAAUACGGGCAACGUCCGCUUUCUGAUGUGGAUUUAUCGUCGCCGAAUCAGCCAACGCCCGAAACCAUCCUCGCCCAUAUCUUGAAUGCGCUCUUGUCGUCUGCACGUAUUUCGCACAAUAUUGCCAAACAGGCCCUGCGAAAUCUGGUCAGCCGAGCAUAUCAUGAUUUUAGAACGCUGAAAGCUAGCACCUGGAAGGAGCGCGUAACGUUGCUAGACGAAGCAGGGUAUGUCCGAUAUGAUUUCAAAACUGCUACAGAGCUGGGAAAAUUGGCAACCUGGCUAAAGAACAAAUAUGGCUCCGACGCGACCGAAAUUCUGCCCGUGGGACAUGAUCCGACAACAAAUCGCAAUAUCCUCGCGAAGCGUCUGAUGGAGAUCAACGGACUGGGGCCUCUUGGAGUCGAAAUCUUCAUCUCCACUGUCCAGAUGGUCUGGCCUGCCGUUUGUCCUUUCAUCGCCAGCCGUGAUUUGAAGGUAGCCGAGCAGAUAGGGCUUGGCAAAGACGUGGAUGUGAUCUACGACCUGUUGGGAAAGGAUCCUGAGAAGAUGGCGAGACUGAGUUCUGCGCUUUCGACCAUCAGACUAGAGAAGCAUGUUGGAGAGUUCACAUGA